UCAUCGCGUUGCUUUGCACAUCAUCAUCAGAAAAAGACGUUCUGCAAAUCUAUAAAAUAAUCAUUCAUAUGUCUCACUAGACAGUUAAAAAUCCUGUCGAUUAAUGUGUAGAAUAGUUGUAAUGUGUGAGCAUUAAUGCUAACAUGAGGUGAGAUUAAUUAGCACGUUUGUUUAGCUCAAGAUUGACAGAACAAAAAAAUACACCGAAAUGCACUUUAUUGGAUUAACAUGUAUUCAUUAACUCCAUCUUCUGCCUUUCAAAUCUACUCUUUAUCCUUGUCUUAGGUUGAAGCUAUUUGUCUGUAGAUUUAGCACAUUGUCCGUGAAUAAUGUGACAAAAUGAUUGAAUACAGAUUUGAAUGAUGUCCUGCUCUGAGUUUAGAAUGUGUCUUGGAUCGAAUUCAGGAUCAGGUCUUUAUCAGCACUUUGGUUAAUCCGCUUAAGAGGUUUAGCAUUUCAUGACCGUGUAAAUGAGUUUAAUAAGUUCCUCUCACAGCUGGCCAGAGGUUUUAGUAUCGUAUUCGAAAGGAGUCUCAAGUGUGAUCACAGUGACCGCUUGAUUUCAGCCAUCUUCAGGACUGAGAUGUUGACGCUUCUCACUCAGUAACACGACAAAUCGCCGAGGAAUAAGUCACGUCUGGAACAUGACUUAUUAGGAAAGUAAUCACCAGUUUUUACCUCGUGUGGAAAGAAUGAAGUGAGAUGUGAGAGAAACUUUAUGCUGGAUUCUUCAUCUCAUCUUCUGCAUCAUCAUCUGAGGUGAUGAGAGAAGAGCAGCUGCUGCCCUUGCGGCUGCGAGCUCAGUAAAGGCCGUGGGCUCAGCAUGGCACAGGGAGCACCGCAGUUGGACUUCCACGUCCUGCAAGACCUGAAGCAGCGUUUCCCUGAGAUCCCAGAGAACGUCGUGUCCCAGUGCCUUCUGCAGAAUAACAACAACCUGGAGGUGUGCUGCCACCUGCUGGCUCAGGAGAGCAGUCGCUACCUGUACGAGGAAUUCCACAGUCCGGAGGACGUGCACGUGAGCCGCAACCGCAUGCUGCACAUCAGCGUCGGCGGCUUCCCUCCGCCUGAGAACGCCAACGCCAACUCUAACACCGGCUACACCUCCUACUUCAUGAGCGACCAUACGCGUUCGGCCAGCACGCCUCCGCCUGUGCAGGCGCAGGGCAUUUCACCCACCUACACCCCCGUGCCCUCUCGCUACAUGACCCCCAUCACUCUGGCUCUGUCCUCCAACAUCCCCUCUGCCCCUCAGGCGCUUCAGAUUCCUCCUGGCACGUACGGGAACAGUGGGAAUGCCCUGUAUAUGCGCCCUUCUCCUUCUCAGAGUCCUCAGCCCACACCCUGGGCAGCGUCCGGCGCACCCGUGUACUCUCCCUCACCCUACAGCACUCCACCAUACCAGUCACCCUACAGCUCACCCCAGCAUCACACCUUUUUACCCAUCAGCCCUCCCACCCUGCCCAACAUGCCAUACCAGCACGUCCCCUACAGGCCCUACAUGCCCACCAAAAGCUCCAUGAAGAACCAGAUCGAGAUCACACUGGACGGGCGGAAGCGCAGUAACUCCCCCAACCCUGGGCCUCAGGGGACGCUCUACAUGCCCAACAGCCCUUCUCCAAGCUCACCAUCCAGGGCUAUUAGCAUGGCCCCACCCCCCGGCACAUCCUUUCACCCGGGCGUGUAUCUGGGCGGCGCACGCCCCCGCCCCGCCUCCUCUCCCCAGCCUGGAAAUGCCGCCUACAUUAAGAUUAAAAUGGGACCAGGCCAGCAGCUGGGAUCGGGAUCACCAUCUCCACCUGUGGAGACCGAGUCGCUCCUGAAUAUCGUGGAUCAGGGUGAGAAACACGGUGCUCCUGCCCCCAUCCUGCCCAUCUCUGCCCCACCGGGCAGCGGCGUUAGCCACAUCAGCCACAUGCCCCGACGGUCCAGCUCCGGCUCAGACGACUACGCGUACACUCAGGCCUUGUUACUGCACCAGCGUGCGCGGAUGGAGCGUCUGCUGAAGGAGCUGCUAUCUGAGCAGCAGAAGCUGGAGCAGCUGAAGAGCGAAGUCAAUGAAAUGGAGUACGACGCACUGCAGAGGCGUUUCAGGCGUGUUAACAGCUCCUGCCUUAUCCCACGGCCUGAAGAUAUGACCAGAGUCCGGACACAAAACAGACAGCUGCAGAUCAACAUCGACUGCACCUUGAAGGAGACCGACCUCCUGCAGUCUAAAGGAAAGUUUGACCCUAAAGCCAUGAACAACUUUUACGAUAACAUCCAGCCUGGUCCGGUCGUCCGACCUAAAAAAGAUGCAGGAGGAGGAGCAGGUCCAAGGCCGAAGCCGGCGCCGCAGCUUGACGAGGACUUUGAGGGCGCUCCGUGGAGCUGUGAUAGCUGCACUUUCCUCAACCACCCAGCUCUGAACCGAUGCGAGCAGUGUGAGAUGCCGCGUUACACCUGAAACCCCGCCUCUUUUAGAAAGGCCCCGCCCACAGCUCAACCCCACACCUUCACCUCACAUCGCCUUUCCCAUCGCGCACCUUUCCAGGCCCUGCUGAUGGAGAUGAGACCAAUCCUGUGUACUCCAUCAGACCAUGUGCCCAGGAAAUCUUAAUUAUGCCCCACCCCCCCCUGCAGGCCUCAGACAGGCCCUGCCCCCACGUCCGUGCACUUGUCUGAAUGACUUUUCUUUCCUACUGAAAAAUGAUCAGGUAAGCCUAAGAGAACAAAAAAAAAAAAACAGGGACCGGUCGGUUACGGAGUAAGCGGAGCUGAGGAGGAUGUGGUUUAAUGUCAGGGGGCGUGGCCUCCUUCCCAGGCAGAAAGAGACAUGUUUACAUGUAGAAGGAAAUCAGAGCCGACCGGACAGUAAAGCGGUGCGAGCCAGGCUCUGGUUGGUCUCACUGUAGACAUCACACUGUAUGUGCUCGUGGAGAGCUAAGUGAAGAAGAACACUAAGACACAAAAGUGCACAUGAAUUCUGUCCUACCUGGUACUUUUUUUUUUUAUGCAUUUUAUGCCAUACUGUAUUCUGUGUUUUAAAGGUGUUGAUUUAUUUCCUGUGCAAAUGCAUCAUAUUGCUGUACUUAAUAAAGGAGUCAGUUCUAUGUGACGACACACUGCAGCUCGAGCUCGUGUUCGUCCACGGCUUGUGUUGUGGAUGAUGAUGAUGAUGAUAAAUUACAGUUCGAAAGAACUCGGUGAAAUUCA